GCCUGAAAGCCCCGGAGCGGCCUCGCUUCCCGCCGGCCCCGCCUCCCCGGGAGCCAGCCUCGCUUGGGCUUCAGCUUGUUUCACUGUUGCUGUCUUUUGUUUUUUGUCUCGCAUGUUUUAAAACCUCUUAGAAUCUCUUGGCGAUUCCCAGUCAUGGACAUAGUGCAGCCCAAGGACCUGGAGCAGGACUUUCGCUUGGCCAAGAGGAGACAGGCGGAGCUGUGCAGGCAGAAGCGGAUCUUCAACGCCAGGAACAGGAUCAUCGGGGGAGACACAAAAGCCUGGGAUAUUCAGGUUCGCGACCAGAAGAUAAAAGAAGCAACUGAAAAAGCUAGAGAUGAAAUCUUUGCUGCUGAAAUGAGGCAAAAUGACAAAAUCGCAUGCAUAUUAGAAGAGCGGGAAAGGAGACAGAGGAGAGAUCUGUGUAAAGCUAUCAAUGACUUCCAGCAGAACUUUCAGAAGCCAGAAACUCGCCGUGAAUUUGACCUCUCUGACCCCCUUGCCCUUAAGAAAGACCUUCCAGCCCGGCAGUCAGAUAAUGAUGCUCGGAAUACAGUUUCAGGAAUGCAGAAAUUCAUGGGAGAGGAUUUAAACUUCCGCGAGAGGAAGAAAUUCCAACAGGAACAAAACAGAGAAUGGUCCUUGCAACAGCAAAGUGAAUGGAAGAAUGCCCGUGAAGAACAAAAACGUGCAGAGGACCUCUAUGUGAAGACAAGGCUGCAGUUUGACAAAACAGCCAUGCAUUUACAGAAUCUGGAAAGUGCCACCAGAAAGGCGGUUUGUGCAGCUGUGAAAGAAUUCAACAAGAGCCAGGCCUUGGAGUCAGCAGAAAGGAAAAUUCAAGAGAAAAAACAAGAAGAGGAGGACAACCUGGCUGAGAUCUCCAACCUCCUGCGUGGGGACCUGCUCUCCGAGAACCCACAGCAGGCAGCCAGCUCCUUCGGGCUGCACCGCGUGGUCCCCGACCGCUGGAAGGGGAUGACCCGGGAGCAGCUGGAGCAGAUCCGCCUGGUUCAGAAGCAGCAAGUCCAGGAGAAGCUGAGGCUUCAGGAAGAAGAGCGCCAGCGAGACCUGGACUGGGACCAGCAGAGGGUUCAGCAGGCUCGCUCCGUCCUGUUGUUAGAACGGGAGCAGCAGCGGCAGCAGCGCGACCUGCGCAGGGCGCUGGACUGCAGCAACUUCAACCUGGCCAAGGAGCAGCUUCUGCAGAAAAAAUACAUGAAGGAAGUCUAUACAAAUCGUCCCACUGAAGAUUAUUUUGCACAAUUUAAUACAGGAAGUCGUUAAUGAAAAGGACAUUUUCUUCUCCUCUGACUCAUUUAUGUUUAAGAUAAGAGAAUCUCCAAGAGUCACAUUUAUUAAAAACAUACACUCCUUGGUCCAGAAGUACCCUUCAACUUUAUUUUUCCACUGUGGACAAAACAUUAAUUCAACCUCUCCCUUGUAUUUCUACGAGGAGCAUUAGUUUCUGCUCAGCACAGCUCAGUGAUGUCUCUAGUGCAGCUCUGAGCACUGUGGAUACAGGGAUGGAAUGGACAUGGCUCUGCUAAGGGCCACUCUAGAGAGAGAAUGACGUUCGAGGCGGGCCUGUGUGUUGCCUGGGCCCCCGGUUCAGCUGCUGCACUGGCUAAUGCUCAUGAGCACUCACGAUGUGCACAGCAUCGGUUUAAACACUUCACGUGGAAUUAACUACUUUGAUCCUCACAACAGCAGUGGUGGGUACUUUUAUCACUCACGUUCUCCAGGUGGAGAGCCUGAGAUUCAGACACAGUAAGUGACUUGCCCAAGGUCAUGCUGACAGGCAGUGGUGGAGCUGGGGUUGAACCCGGGGAGUCUGUUCUCAACCGCUUCACACCCCUGGCUCCUGGUAACAAAGACCCCAAACAAGAGCGACUUCAACAAAGCACUAGUUUAUUUCUUGUGCUGAUAAAGUCCAAUUGACAAGUGCUACUUCAUUGCCCUGCCGUCUCCCAUCUUGUGGUUCAGGAGUGCAGCUCCAGCUCCCACCAUCAUGUUACAUUCGAGCCAGCAGGAAGGAGAAAGGGGAAAAAGAAGGGAGAGACAGCAUGCUCCUUUCCUGAAGGACGCAGAUGAGAAUUGUAGAUUUCACCUCUGCUCACAUCCUAUUGGCCAGAAUUUAGUCAUGUGACCACACCUAGCUGCAAAGGUGGCUGGAAACUGAGCUGGCUAACCAUGUGACCAGGCAAUAAUCCUCUAAUGGUAUAAAAAAUGGAAGAAUACCUAUUGGGGGACAACUAGUAGUCUACUGCAGCCUUGAAGAGUGACUUGAAAUUUGCCAGAGGGGAGGCGAAGGGAGGCAUUUUAUUAUAGGGAGUCGGGGAGGCCAUGUCUAGCGGUAUUGGGGUCUCGGGCUCCCAGGCCCAAGAUGAGUGGCUCCUGCCAAGUUACCUCUGCCUCCUCCGUGUAGGUUUCCUGAGCGGCCAUAUGCACAGGGCGAGUCACAAGUGGCAGCUCUUGUGGAGGCAUCCAUAUUCACGCAUUACAAAUGCAGUUCUCCAAGUUACACCAUCGCCACAGCUUCUAACCUCCUGGACCUCCCUGUUUCUUGAGCAGGAGUGGCCUGUUCCUGAAUGAUUGACAGCGAUGAGUACAUUCUCUCUGGGGAAGGAGGUUGGGAGUGUGUUCGUUUCCUGGUGCUGCCAUAACAAAGUACCCCAAACUGGGGGGCUUAAACACCAGGCAUUUACAGUUCCUCGCAGUUCUGGAGGCCAGAGGUCCAAGAUCGAGGUGUCAGCAGGAUUGGUUCCUUCUGAGGGCACUGAAGGAGAUUCUGUUCCACGUGUCUCUCCCAGCUUCUGGGGGUUUGCUGGUGAUCUUUGGUGUUCCUUGGCUUGUAGAUGCAUCACCCCAAAUUAUGCCUUCAUCUUCUCAUGGCAUUCUCCAGUUGUGUGUGUCUAUGUCCAAAUUUAUAGGGACACCAGUCAUAUUGAAUUAGAGCCCAUCCUAGUGACCUUAUUUUAACUAAUUACAUCUACAAUGACCUCGUUUCCCAAUAAAGUCACAUUCUGAGGUGCCGGGGGUUAGGACUUCAACAUAUGUUUUGAUGAGGACAUAUUUCAACCCAUAAUAAGGGGAAUACAGAGGGGCACCUGGUUCCAUUGCCUCCCAGGAUAAUCCUGUUAGGAACAUUGGUGCCCAGGCUGUAGAAGCCAUGCUUUGGAGAGGGUCCUGGCGGUGGAUGAGUGGCAGCCCAUAUAGAUUGUUAGUCCUCCUGUGACUGGACAGGGAGAUAAAGGGAGAGACGGGAGGUGAAGGGCACAUUUAGUGCUCUUCAAGCCCUGGGUGCUGUGCUAGGAUCUCCCACAGUCUAGUAGGCUCUGGUCUAACUUUUAUAUCCUCACAAAGGAGCACAAGGUGGAAUCCUACAUGGGGCUGAUGGCCGCAGGUGAGAAGGGACACAGCGCUCAGAGGCUGCUGCAGCCAUCAGUAAUACAUUUAUAUGCCUGGAAUCACGGGUCCAACGUGGAGAGGCUUGCUUUAAUUCUGAAUUUUGCAUCAUUAUAAAAAAUAUUCCAAAAGGCAGGCCAGGCUCAAAAACUUCCGGCCCUCGCUUGCUUUAGGUGCGCCCUCUGCUGGUGACCAGCAGCACAACACACUCCCUGUAGUUAGGCGGGAAAAUGAACCCAGUGAUGAAGCUGCCGCGCCCCAGGCCCACUGCUGGGCAGCUUCUGGAAACGCCCAUGACGUCGCUGGAUGUCAUGAUCGCCAUCCUGCCGAGAGAAAACAGGAGAGGAGAGUUCAAGUGAUUUCCCCCUGGCUGGAAGGCAAAGCCAGGGUCCAGAUGUGGGGCCCUCUCCAUCCAACUUUACGACAUUCUGGGAAAGGUCAAAAUUUUUAGACACUAAAAAGAUCAGUGGUUGCGGGGGGCUGGAAGGAGGGAGGGAGGGAUGAACAGGCAGAGCACAGAGGAUUUUUAGGGCCAUGAAGCUGUUCUGUAAGAUACUGUAAUUGUGGAUAGGUGUCAUUAUACUUUUGUCCAAACCCACAGAAUGUACAACACAAAGAGCGAACCCUUAUGUAAACCGUGGGCUAUAGUUGAUAAGAAUGUACCAGUAUUGGCUUGUCAGUUGUGACAAAUGCACCUCAUUAAUGCUAGAUGUUAAAACUGGGGGAAACUGGGGAGGGAGCUAUUUGGGAAGUCUCUGUACUUUCCCCUCAGUUUUUCUGUAAAUCUACCACGGCUCUG